AUCAACCAAAGUCAUAUCAACAGUUUCAUCAAUUCCUUUAACAAACAAUCUUAUAGUUUCCCGUUUCAAACCCCGCAGACUCAACAUCAUGCUUGCCCAACAACUUCUCGCUCUCGGUGGCCUCAUCCUCGCCGGCAACGUCGCAAUUGCAGCCAAGCUGGAGCAAGACGACGUUCCGAACCGCUGCUGGAAUGCCUGUGGCUCUGUAGUUGGAGUCUCCAGACGCUGCGAUAAUCAACAUGACAACGACUCUGCCGAAUUGCAGUGCAUUUGCAACUGGGAAGCAGCCAAGACACAGAUUCCUCUCUGCGCUGCCUGUAUCACCCAGUAUGGCCCCCGCGACAAUGACCGUGAUGAUGACGACGAUCACGAUGAUGACAAUGAAGCCCUUGACCUCGUCCACUCCUGCAAAUUCAGCACCACUACCUACAACGCUGCUGCUGCCACUACUCUAAGUGCCGCAGCUACUGGCACUACUGAUCCCGCAGCGGCAGGUGCUACCGCCACUGCAACUGGUGGAACAACCUCCGUCGCUGGUUCUGCUAGUACCUCGUCUCAAGGUUCCACCGGGACUACCAGUAGCGCGGUCGCUGCCACUUCCACCGGUGCUGCGGUGGGCUUGACAGCUCCAGGAGUUCUCUCUCUGGUUGGAGUUGCUGGUCUCAUGCCUCUCGCUUGGUUGUAGAUGACAGAUCUCCGAAUUUGGUUGGAUAUCAAUGUGAUAUGAUGUGAAUGAGAAUGGAACACGGCACGCUAUGAGUUGCUUAGAGGGUGGCCACGAGAAUGUUCACGAGGAUGGUUUUAUGAAUUAUUCAGAUCUAGUGUUGACUUUUUGAGUAUUAUCACUGCUUAAUCAUUGGGUUACGUUCGUUCUUUUGAGAUUGUGCAGUAUUGAAGACCUUUACAUCAUGAGGUAGGGUUCACCACUGGACCCUGCUUGAUAGCCGGCCAAGGCGGCACUGUAAAUUUCUCCAGGGGCA